ACUCCGCGGAGAGCUAGAGCGGCAGAGCCACAAGUGUUGGCGGGCCCGCGGAAGUGACAUCACUUCCUUAGUCCGUGGGCGGGGCUUCUGGUCAUCUCGGGAUCUACCUGUGGACCGCAUGGAAGCAAAGACUCUUGGGAUCACUACACCAAGAAAACCUGUCUUAUCUGUCAGUGCAAGAAAACUCAAGGACAAUGCAGCUGACUGGCAUAACUUAAUCCUGAAAUGGGACAGCCUCAGCGACAAGGGCUUCACCACAGCGAGCAGUAUUGCCAACCUGAAAGUCACCUUGUUGAGUAAAGAAAAGGUUGAAUUAGAGAGCAGCAGUCCAACUUCCAUCGAAGAGGAAGAAAAGACAAAUCUGGACUAUGAUAAAGGACUUGAAGCAUUGUGUGAGGAGCUACAGGCCAUCUUGGACGGCUUGACUAAAAUACAAAUGAAAAUGGAAAAGCUGUCUUCAACCACCAAGGGAAUUUGUGAACUAGAAAAUUACCACUACAGGGAAGAGAGCAGCCGGCCCCCUCUGUUUCACACAUGGCCCACGGCCUUCUUCUAUGAGGUCUCCCACCGGCUCUCCGAAGCAUACAGGAAGGAGCUCCUUUUGAAGCACACCAUUGGCGCAGAGCUGGCCCAUACUGUAGACCGCAACCUCAGCCUGACCUACCUGUCCAUGUGGCUGCACCAGCCCUACAUAGAGAGCGACAGCAAGCUGCAGCUGGAGAGCAUGCUGCUGGAAACAGGGCACCGGGCCCUUUGACUCCCUGGCCACCUUGCCUGUGACCACAGUCUUGGAGCUCCAGACCACUGGCUGUUGUGCCUCAAGGCCAUAUCUUUUUAGGGUCCUGGGGUCGCUCUCCCCACUGCUGCAGCUGCCCCACUGCUCCGUCCCAGAGAUCCUGAAGCUCCAGUGACAUAAACAAUGGCUGAGGGCCGAGUUUUGUAAAUCGGUGGACUUCACUGUUACAUCCUGGAGACAGCCUGAGUUCCUAGAAGCUACUACUUUGUACCUGUCCUCCAUUUGUCUGUUUUGUGGUCCUGGAAAUCAAAUCCAGACUUCAUACAAACUGAAUAUUCAACUGCUGGUCCACACUCCCAACCCUGUACUUAAAAUUUGAAGAGAAUGUUUUAGUUCUGAAACUAUCCCAGAAAUACCAGAUGUGUAAAGUCUCC